UGCAAACUUUCAUUUCAGAUAAGUCCGAACUUGCAAGUUAUAUGAACAGUUGGUCGUGAAAAUGAUUGCAAAAGCCAGAACGAUAAACUGAUUGCUGGAUUGAAGUAGGCGUAGCGAAAUCUGGAAUUCUAAAGAAGUUAACGUGACAGUGAAACUCGAUCACGACAGUUCAAUCAAUCAUAUCACCAUGGCGGCACAGAAACUCCGGUGUGUGAUCGUCGCCGUCGAUAGCAGCGAGGAGAGCAUGAACGCGUUGAAGUGGGCCCUAGCCAACCUCAAGCUCCAGUCAUCCUCCUCCGCCGCCGAGGAAAACGGCUUCUUGGUCAUCCUUCACGUUCAAUCUCCGCCGUCAAUCGGCACCGGCAUCAAACCUGGCGCCAUCCCGUUCGGUGGACCCAGCGAUUUCGAGGUUCCCGCUUUCUCCGCCGCGAUUGAAGCGCACCAAAAACGCAUCUCUCAAGCCAUCAUCGAUCAUGCUCUAAAGAUUUGCUCCGAUAAGAAUAUAGAUGUUAAGACUGAAGUGGUUGUUGGGGAUCCAAAGGAGAAGAUAUGUGAAGCUGUUGAAAAAUUUCAUGCUGAUUUACUUGUGAUGGGAAACCGUGGAUUUGGUCCAAUUAAAAGGAUGUUUCUGGGAAGUGUCAGCAACUAUUGUUCAAACCGUGCACAAUGCCCAGUUAUGAUUGUUAAAGAUCCCCAGUGAUGAAAGGGCAGGGUUUCAAACACGUACAAGUUCUAGUCUCGUUUGGAUUGUGCGAAGAGUAAUACCCUAUGUCAAGAUCGGACGUGCUGGUCCGCCUCAAGCUUCAGCCCGAGCCCGAGCCCGAGCCUGGCCGUCAAAAAGAAUUGGCAUGAUUGGCUGUUACUCUGUUGUUAUUUGCAGUGUUUUUUAUAUGAGUUUGGAAGAAAAUAGGAGGUUUAUAUGGUUAUGAUGUGUGGUGUCUGAUGGUGAAAAUUUGAACCGGAUUCUUUCUGCAUUACUACAGAUAGAUAAUCAAUCAUUCAUUGGAUUCUUAAUUUGUAUCUGAAGCAUAUGCAUAUAUGGUUUUGGGGAUCCGGAAUGGUGUUGUAACUUUUGAGUCAGUUUUCAGAUCUAUAAUAUGGUGUUUGUGGUCCUUUCA